UCCGUGGGCUGCCAUAGCGAAUCUUGUUCCGGAUCUAUAUUUUGUUGAUCUUCGAGUGGCGAUUGACAGCUAGUACGGGAUGACUAAUCCUGUCAAAGGUCACUAUGUAAUACGGAGAGUCAAUGCGAAUAAUAAAGCGCGUUAGUUAGUUUCGGGCUAAUAAAAAGCAUGAGCUGCUAACGCAACUAGCCGGCUAGCUAACUGUCUACUCAGAUUUGGGUGAGUGUUACGGUACCUGGUCGGUAGCUAUAGUAUCAUACAGUUUGUAACAAACUAAUCACGGCAGUUAGGAACAAAAUAGCGUGUGGGCGGCUGUUUUUAGACGCUCAACGUUUUAUUUUCCCGAGCUAUCCCCGUAGGCUUGUCGAUCGCCGGCCAGCCGUCUUUAUCGUUAUACUGGACGGUGCACAGCUCGGACAGUCUGCGCUAAAGGGCCGGCUGGGUGCCGCUCUGAAAAGUGAAACCAGGCUCCGUCCGUUUUAGCCCAGCGGCGAGUCGGUGACCCUUUGGACUUUGGGAGUCAAGGGUAUGGCAGUGGGGUGGCUGGGUCUUCCGUGCUUUCUCUUCCCGUCCUGUCCACGCUCUGGUGCUCUCAUUCAUGCACUUUAAAUUUUAAUUCUAAAGCAGUCCGUGGGUCCACCCCCCGAGUCAGCAGGCAGAUAUGUCUGCCGAUUUGCCUCCAGACUGGGAAGAUGACGAGCGCAUGGCCUUCCUCUUCUCAGCUUUCAAAGAGAGCCGGGAGGUGAACAUCACCGAAUGGGACAGUAAGAUGCUUUUCUGGAUGCCGCUGAUCGUCAGUGCUUGCAGGCAACGAGGGGCCGUUUGCGUGAGCCUGCAGGACCUCAAUGACAUGUUUCAGAGAAAAGGAAGCGUGCCUAUGGGUCUUGGCACUGUCAUCCAGGGCAUGGCCAGGUGUGGCAAGGUGCAGAAGGAGUCAGAAUUUGCAGCGAACGUGGACUCUGGCUGGCUGUCGUGGGGUGUGGGGCUCCUUCUGGUGCGUCCCCUCAAGUGGACACUCUCCACCUUGCUGGGAAACAGUCGCGUCCCGCUGGAGGAGUCCUUCGUGAUCAUCGAGCUGGUCAAGGAGAAGGCGGUGGAGCUGAUGCGUGUGUACAGAAGCUCCUCGAUGGCGGGGCGCUCCCUCCUCUCGUUUCAGGAGCUCCGCGCUCUCACCACCCACGUGUGUCCUGACGAGACCACGCUCUGCCUGGCCCUGAUUCAGCUGCAGAGGGAGAAGCAGGUGACCGUUUCACUUCACGAGGGAGAGAAGAUCGUGAAGUUCUCGCAAGCUGGCCAGGGCCGCGUAUCUCCCGUCAGCGACAUGGACGUUGGCAUCUACCAGCUUCAGCGCAGCGAGAGGCUGCUGGGGGACCGGGUGGAGGCGCUGGGCCUGGAAGCAGACAGAUGCAGAGAAGAGGCAAGGACAUUGUUGCGGGAGGGGAAGAAGUCCCAGGCCCUCCGGUGCCUGAGGGGACAGAAGCACAUGGAGAAGCGAGCGGAGAGGCUGUACGUCCAGCUGGAGACCGUCAAGGGAAUCCUGGACAGGAUCGCAAACUCGCAGACCGACCGCCUGGUGAUGCAGGCCUACCAGGCCGGAGUGGCGGCCCUCAGGAUUUCCCUAAAGGACGUGACGGUGGAACGGGCUGAGAGCCUUGUAGAUCAGAUCCAGGAGUUGUGUGACACUCAGGAUGAGGUGAACCAGACCCUGGCUGGAUCCGCACUCGACUCCUCCGGGGGUGACACAGACGAGCUGGAGGAGGAGCUGAAGUCAUUGUUGGAGGACUCUGCCCCAGACGGACCCCUCACACUCCCGAAAGUUCCUACCCAGCCCCUCCCAUCAGGUAGGGCUCCUGGUCUCCGUGGGGACAGUUUCCUGGACGCCCUGCCGCCUGUGCCCGACUCUACUUUUGGAAUCACAGAUGAGGAGCUGGACAGGGAAUUGAAACGCCUCUCCGUUGCCGACACAGGUUCAGCGCCGGCUUUAGUACCCGCUAAGAAAAGACCCGAGACAGCACAGUGAAAGACUGGUACACCCCUUAUUUUUGGGAAGCAGCUGCUAAUAUCAGCUACCAGUCCUAAAGUUGGUGGGAAGCAAUGUUUGUAAUUGAAGUAUAUUGCUGUUUGUAAGGGUAAUUUUUUUUUUCCUGAAAAUUGUAAUCUGUGUUGCUUUAAUAAAUUGAUGAAACUAUAUGA